AUCGCAGCUUCCCCCCGAAAGUUGGGAUGCGUUUCCUCGCCCAGUGCUUCGGGGCGGUGUUCGAGCUCAUCCACCUCCGCUUCCAGCACCCCCAGGCCAAACGGGGCUUCUCCGCCGCGGGGCAGCUGGUCUGCGCCGUGCGCCCCACGCACAGCCCAACGUACGUCAGCUCAAGGAAGGCUGCCACGAGGAGCCCACCAGAGCAAGCCAGCUUCCACACCGGUCACCUCAACUACCACCACUGCCGCCGCCACCCCUACCACCUGUGCCACCAGGAAGCUGGCCUGCACGAUGUCCAGGUGACACCCUGCAGGUGCCCCUUAUUCUCCUGCCAGUGGGAAGGCCAUCUGGAGGUGGUGGUGCCCCACCUGAGCCAGACCCACCGGGUGGACAUCCUCCAGGGAGCCGAGAUUGUCUUCCUGGCCACGGACAUGCACCUGCCAGCGCCGGCCGACUGGACCAUGGUGCACUCGUGCCUGGGCCACCACUUUCUGCUGGUGCUGCGCAAACAGGAGCGGCACGAGGGGCACCCGCAGUUCUUUGCCACCAUGCUGCUGAUCGGGACCCCCACGCAGGCCGACUGCUUCACGUACCGCCUGGAGCUCAGCAGGAACCAUCGGCGGCUGGCGUGGGAGGCCACCCCGCGCUCUGUCCUGGAGGGCGUGGACGCGGUCAUCACCGACGGGGACUGCCUGGUGCUGAACCCCUCGCUGGCCCAGCUCUUCUCCGACAACGGCCGUCUGGCCAUCGCCAUCGCAGUCGCUGCAGCCAAGGUCCCGCCCGCAGAAGUGGCCGUGUGAGGGCACGGCCGCCCUUCUCAGACACUCAGCCUGUGCUCACAAGCCUGGACUCCAGACGACUCUUUCUCGUCGCUUUCCUCUCCCUUCUUGCCUGUCUGUGAGUCUCAGGUACUUUGAGACACCUCGUGUCUGUCUGCCCUGGGCACUGGAUCAUGGAACAUCCUGGGGUGGGAGAGCGCGCCGUGACGGCGGUCCAGUGGGGUUGGUCGUUUCGUGGCACCUUGAAGGGAUUUCAUCAGAACCGUUCAUUCCGCACAUCACCACCUCCCUCCUCCCCAAACCCAAAAUCCAAACCGGAGGUCGUGACCUCAGGGAGACGCCAAACGUGUCAGAAUUGAACUGCGCCUCCCUGUCUCCAAGGGCUGCGACCCUUCAGGAGCGGUUCACAUAGCGUUUGCCCAAAACACCUCUGGGUGAAUGGGCACACCCAUUUUGGUCAGCAGCCAAGCACUGAAGCAUCUGUACCACCGGGCCCUUCCCCUCCCCCGCUGCUUCCCCAGGGAGCAGAAGCCCCUGGUAGCGUCCCAGGGAGACGUGUGCACCCACUCUUCUCAGUUGCACUCUCGUCCUACCUCCCACUGCCACCAAGUCCAUUCCGACUCCCAGGGACACUUUAUAGGGUUUGUGACGCUGCAAAUCUUCACAGGGCCAGACAGCCUCACCCCUCCCUUGCAGAGCGGCUGGUGGGCAUGCAAUGCCAACCUAGGGUUAGCACUCCAAGUCUUAGGCAACAGCACCACAGACACCUUCAGUGGGGUUCAGAGUCAGGUAAACCUGAAAAACAUGACGAUGGGAUUGGGGAAGGAGCCGGGCUAACUCAAAGAUAAUGUCACAUUUCAAACCAAGCGGACACUUUCUGACAACUGCCAGGAGCCUCGGGUUCCAAGCUGAAUCCAUCCCAAAACAAGAAGUCUUCUUGCCAGGGCAGGGGCGGCCCUGGAGGAGCCCCCCCAAGACCAGCCCCCCAGUGGAGCCCAGGGCUCAGGAGUGACCAGACGCUGGCAGCUCUCCGGCAGGCUCCCCGGGUGUGUUCCAGCAGCGCCAUCUCUGCGUGCUCCAGAAUCCUCGUCCUCCGGGCAUGGUCAUUUCUUAACAACCCCCUAAAGCCUUCUUUUGAACAAGUAGGCAAAGGUUUACGCAAGAUGGGGGCCGGAGACCAGGCGGGGGCAGAUAGCAGAAGAAUAAAGCAUAACUCAGAGUUGGAUGACCAUGUUAUGAAAAUCUUUGAUGCAGUCUUUCCACGGCAGUGGAGGGCUUUUAGAUCACGGGCAAACCCAAAUCUGUCCCUAAUCCUUCACCAACCGGAACCCCCGCUUGGCAGCAAACAAUGAACUCACACAGUCAGCCUGGUGUACAUGGGAAGGUCUCCUUCCCUCCUGCGCAUCCUCAGAUGCCUUGAGGGCACCCUUCAGUACACUGUGGGCACCUUGGUCACCAGUCCACAGCGUGAAUGAAAAGAAACGGAGAGCCUUCUUACGGCCUCUACGUGGGCUGUCAGCGCUUACUUGGUUGUCAAAGCAGUGCCCGGCCUCUUCUUUGUAAGAAUCACUCACACUUUGGAGGAAAUUGGGAAGCUGUUGCAACUAUCUUAUCUCUGUCAAUGGGCUCCAGGCCUUCCUACGGGGAUGUUUUCCCUCUGUCAUUUUGUCCCUCCUCGUUGCCUGACCUCCGGACACUGUGGAAGGAUAGCACCUGAGCUAUCAGAGCGAAAGGGUCUGCAGCCAACGACAUUAUGCUUGUGUCCCGAUCACUCCCCUCAGCCCUGCAGGGGAGCCCUGGCAGGCUGCCCACGGAGUCUUCGGUUGCAGGCAGGCUGCCCUGGCUAGCAAUCAACAAUUUUUCCUCUACCAAAAAUAAUUGUUCUUAAAACACUCUCCUCCCCGCAGCAACCAGUCGAUUCUCCAUCCGCCUUUACUGUCCCCUUACACUCCAAUACCAGCAGGGCUGUAACACUGGGUGAAACACAACAAGCCGGGACUCCCCUCCAGCGCCUGGUAUGUCAAAGUAGACCUGUGCUCCUCUGGGUCUUCAGGGGCAGAUUUGGGGGAAGGAGAUCACCAGGCUGUUCAUCCGCAGCGCCUCUGGGUGGGCUCACACCUCCAGCCUUCUGGUAACAGUGGACCACGUUAACAGUCUGCAGCACUGGGGCCCUGAUGGCAGAAGAUUGAGUAACACAGACCCUUUCCGCACACAGUACACUCUGGACCCUGGGCCCCAGGACAAUGCGUUGUUCUGCCAAAGCCCUGGGGGUAGCAAUCCACAUUGCACCACAGACUGAGGCCCAGGUCAGUUUCAGACAUUCUGCGGAAAGGGCCAUGACCUGCUUGUUCUUGCAGCUGUGUGAGCAUCCCACGAGGGCACAAGGGCUGGCCCCACCGCUAUCAAUGGCCUGUCAGAGGCUAGCUCUGGUUAGCUCUGACUGAGACUGACUGAUUUGACUCCUGGCUUUAUCCACCCGCAGGCCCUUUCUGGACCCUAAGACCCCCUGAACUCUUAUACCUCUGAAAGUCUCAGGUCCGCCAGUAGUUUCUGAUACCCAACCACUUAGAGAACGCUUGGGUAACUUCACAGGCACCCAGAGAAAGAAGCAAAGCCUCAAGACGAAUUAGCUAUUGAACUAGCUCUUACAGAGAUUCUAUAAAUCCACCCUUUGUCUUCUCACCUUGCCAAGUUACCGGAACCUACCUGGGGAAAACUGUAGGUUAUUAUUAUUGUUGCACACAGGACUGUACUAUGAAUACGUGAUUCCAGACAGGAAGUUACCAUUGUUGGUUCCUUGAAGCCAAGGGGGUCUUAAAGGGUAGGAAAUAGGUUGUUUUCUUCCCCUCAUGGUGCUCCCCCAGAGGCCUUCAACUCCGUAUCCACAUGUGAGGGUUUGAUGUGAAAGAAAUGAGCCAAAAAGAGUACGUAGGAAAUAGAAAAUGAGAACGAGAAAGAGGUGUGUGGCGUGGAGUUUCAUGUUUCACAACCAAUAUUGGUGGCCACGCCACAUACGUCAGAGCAGAACCGUGCCAUUUUUAAUGUCUGAUUUUUCUUAGAGGUCAAUCGCCAAGACUUUCUCCUGAGGGGCCUCUGGGUGGAUUCAAGCCACCAACCUUUUGGAUAGCACCUGGCUGCACUAACCAUUUACACCACCUAGGGACUCCACAGAACUCACAAAAGGCUCUCAUCAGUAAGUCUCAGGUUAAUCUCCAUCAUUAGCCUCAAUAUAAUAAAAAGAACAGGUUCAGAGACAUUAAAGGACUUGUCCAAGGUCCCACCUCAACUGGUUGGAAGUAGCUGUACAACUCAGGUCACCUGACUGCAAACUUGAUGUUCAAAAUAGGAAGGUGCUAUUGUUGUUGUUGUCUAGUCAAUUCCAACUCAUAGCGACCCUAUAGGAGAAAGGGAAUUGCCCCAUUGUGCUUCUUAGGCUGUGAUCUCUACAGGAGCAGGCCACCAGAGCUUUUCUCCCGUGGAGCCACUGGGAGGGCUUGAACUGCCAACCCUUUGACUAGCAGCUGAGCUCUUAACCAUUUUUCACCAAGUCUCCUUUAUACCCAAACUCCAAACUCAAUGUCAUCAAAUAGAUUCUGAGAGUCCUAGUAGCCCUGUAAGUCAGGGUAGUUAGUACUGCCCCUGUGGGUUUCUGAGACCCUAACCCUUCCCAGGAGUAGAAAGUCUCAUCUUUCUCCUGCAGAGGA